AUGGAGAAGUUAAUGAGCCCUGAGGACGUGCGGAAGGUUCAUUCUACCGAAUUGCCAGAGAAUGGCCCACCAUCUGUUGCUUCAGGAAGUGUCGCGGACGAGGAGAAGGAAGCCCGGAUAGCACUCCGCAAGGCUGACAUGAGGAUCCUGCCGUUGCUGACGGUUCUCUACGUGUUCUCAUUUAUGGAUCGCUCGAAUAUCGGAAAUGCUAAAGUUGCCGGCAUGAACAAAGACCUCAACCUCACAGGCACUCAGUAUAACCUGGCUCUUACUGUGUUUUUCUUCCCCUAUUCAUUACUUGAAGUCCCAAGCAAUGUUAUUCUGAAGCUCACACGGCCGUCGCGGUGGAUCGCUGCUCUUGUAAUAUCAUGGGGAACUGUUUUGACGCUUCAAGGCAUUGUCAAAAACUAUGAGCAGCUUAUUGUGACGCGUGUAUUCUUGGGGAUUACUGAAGCUGGUUUCUUUCCUGCUGCAACUUAUUUGCUGACUACAUGGUAUUGUCGUUGGGAGUACCAAACCCGUGUAGCUAUUUUCUUCUCCGCUGCCUCUCUAGCCGGUGGUUUUUCAGGCCUUCUGGCCUAUGGAAUCCAGCACAUGGAGGGAGUGGCGGGACUCGGUGGCUGGCGAUGGAUCUUUAUUUUAGAAGGGAUCAUGACUGUUCUGAUUGGCACUAUCCUCCCGUGGACACUCCCCGACUCCCCAGCCGUGGCCAAAUUCCUGACCCCUAGAGAAAGAGAGUUGAUUCAACGGAGACUCCAGCGAGAUUCGGGUACUUCCGAAGGGAAGGUUGCUACAGAGGAGGCUUUUCAAUGGCGGUAUCUUCGUGCUGCGCUGCUGGACUAUAAGAUUUAUCUCGGCAUCAUCAUGUUUUGGGGGAAUACGAUCUGCAUUUACGCAUUUAGCUUCGCCAUGCCGACAAUCAUUCAGCAACUUGGCUAUUCUGCAGCAAAUGCCCAACUGCUGACAAUUCCUGUAUAUUUUGUUGGUGCUCUUGCUACCUUCCUCUUUGCAAGACUCGCUGAUCGCAAGAAGACUCGUUGGCCCUUUGUCGUUAUCCCUUUCUGUAUUUCGGCUGUCGGGUUCAUCGGUCUACUAUCUAUUCCACAUCCCAAGCUUCCAGGGCUCACAUAUGCAUUUCUGUUCUUUGUUCCUUCUGGCCUGUACCCUGCCGUCAUUGGUUGCAUUUCUUGGAUUAGCAACAAUCUCGCUCCAACUUGGAAACGAGCAGUUGGUAUGGCAUUGCUCAUGUCAAUCGGAAACCUCGGAGGCGCAGUUGGAGCCAAUAUCUUCCUGGAGAGUCAAGCCCCCAGAUAUCCGCUGGGGUACGGCUUGUCACUCGCCGUCGUGUGUGCUGGUGUGGGUGCUGCGAUGGUUCUCCGUGUUGUGGUAAAUCGAAUCAACACAGCGCGACAAGCCAUGUCUGACGACGAGAUCAGGGCAAAGUACAGUGAUGAUCAAUUGCUUCAAAUGGGCGACAGCUCUCCUUUCUAUCGAUAUGUUAAAUAA